GGUACAAGCCCUUCCAAUCAAUAGUUAAACAUAUGAAACAAAUCAUUAGCAGCAGCUGAAGAGAGAUUCUCGAAUACGACACAAAAAUAUCCAGAAGCAUAGGGAUAUUAUAUUUCAUUCUUUCUUCCAGCUCGUUUUCUCCGUCUCAUUUGCACUCCCCAAGGCUAGCAUUUUACCCAACCAAGUCCUACUUUGUAUUCUCCAAUUAAUUAAUCCUUGCCAACUAGUCCACUUGCCAGAUGUAAUUCGUUGCUUCCUAUACUUUACUUCAAAAUUAAUACAAAAAAAAAAAAACUAUAUCUAAUUACUUCCUCUGCAUUCUAUUAAAGCCCCAAGAGCCCUAACAGACAAUUCCCUUUACCUUCGCAUGGCUAAAUCUUCUACAAUCUCACUCUCUUAGCCUUAUUUUUAUGACUGCUAUAUGAGCGAAGAAGCUGGCUGCAGUGAUGCCCGGGAGAUGCCAACCGGGAAGAAGAAGUCACACGCCGAGGAUUUGGAGGUGCCUCCAGCGUCGCCCAGCUCCCGGUGUGGCCCCAAGCAUGUGGUCUUGGUGAUGAAUGCGCUCAGGAGGUUCUCCACCAAGCCUCUCGAGUGGGCACUCGAGCACGUAGCCGAGCCUGGAUAUGUCGUCACGCUCCUCGGGGUGAUGCCAUGGCUCAGCUUUGCACGCUCAUGCAAAACCCGGUUGGACAUAUGGACCUGGGACUGUGAGGAUCUAUCCAAAAUGGAAGAGUGCCCUGAAUGGAAGAAUGAUGCUCCCUAUCAAAAGCUUCGCAGAGUGGUUGAGCUUUGUGAAGCUCGUGGGGUGGUCCCAUUGAAGAAGGUAGCCAUGGGUCACCCUGUGCGACAUGUAGCUUUGGAAAUGACCACCAAUCUUCAUGCAACGUGGGUGGUCUUUGAUAGACACCACAGGAAGUGGAGAACUUUCUACCAGGAGCGGAUCUCAUGCAAUAUGGUGUUCAUGAAUGGUGAUGGCCAAGUGGACAUGUUUAAGGCCAGAUCUUCUACUCUUGAUUCUGAGGAAACUAUCACUCCACCAGUAUCCAAGCCAAUUAUGCCUAAAGCACGGCUGAAGAUUUUUAACAAGGAGAGAAAGAAGGAAGUCAAUGAGGGUGAGAAGGCAUCUUAAACGCUGCAGGUUAAUCACACCAUCCCAGGAGCGUCUCCUGCAUUGGCAGCACCGGUAACCAAGUUAAUUAUAUCUAAAGCAUGGAUGGAGAUCUUUAUAACAAAGAGAGAGAAAGAAGUCAAUGAGGGUUCAAUUCAUCGAGUGAUUUCAACUAUUUAAUGUACUCGGAGUGCAUGUUAUAGAGCUCUUAGAUUAAUUGUCCGAAAUAUUAUUCAGAAUUGGAUUUCAGAAAGACUAUUUGCAGGGAAAA